UCGCAUUUUCACCAACAAGUCUCCCAAUUACUUGAGACCUUAAAGACCGAGACUUCUUGACGCACAAUACUCGCAUCGACCCCGGUUCAAACAAUAUCACCUCUCAACACAAUGGCCGACGUCGACACCGACCCCGUGGCCGCCCUCGCGACUCUACGGGCUCACCAAGCAUCACAUCCUCUCUCAAUCCUCAGUCUCGCCGAACCGAUUCUAUCUUCAACAAGGCCCAAAGACGAAUCAACACGCUCAGAAGACUCCUCAAAUCCCCCAUCUAACACCAACAUUACCGCACCAUCACGCGCCUCCGUAUCCAACAGCGACCUCGACUCGGACCCAUUCCUCACGCCAGCAUCCCUGCAAGCCGACCUAACACACUACAAAGACCUCUUCUCCAAACUCCGCUUCAGCUACCUGGAACAAGUCACAAAAGAGAAAUACCUUCGCUCCAUCGUGGGCGACCCACCCCUCGUGGUCACGCACGAUGAGAACCUCGCACUCGAAACCCGACUCGCUGCCAUGAAAACCCAAGUCAAAGCCCACAAAGACCAAGUCGACGCCUUGGUCCAAGAAAUGGAAACCACCGCACGCGACCUCGCAACCAAAUACCAAAAAGUCACCAACGGCAUGACCGUUCUCGAACGCCUGCCCAAUGAAAUCGCCCAUCUUCAACGCGACGUCGAUGCGUUAGUUGCGGAAGUUAGUGAAAAACAACGUCUGGCUGGACGGAAUGCGAGUGCUGAUCCGAGAAUGAACAUGUCGUUGGAAGCGACGGAGACGGCGUUGGAGGAGCAGACGAGGAGGAAUAAGGAGAUUGAUGACGAGAUUGAGGCUUUGCAGAGACAGUUGCCGGCGCAGGUUAGACAGGUGGAUAAAAUGGAUCGUGAGUUGGCGGAUUUGGAGAAGAGGAGAAAUGAAGCGACGAGGAUUGCGAGGGAUUUACAGAGGAGGAGAAUAGAGGGUGGGAGAGAUGAUUUGGAGGAUAUGGGUAGGUGGUAUAAAUCAAGUGAAACGGUUUUGAGAGGGUUGUUGGGGGUGAACUGAAGUGAAGAGGAGAUGAUCAUGAUGAUGAGUUGCUUGAGGGAAGGAUUAGGUGGGUUUGGAACCUGGGCUCUGCGAUUUGCAUUUGUAUUCGCGAUGCUGUACGAUUGAAAGAUGGGAUGAUUGUAUCAAUGGAAGCGUUGGGCGGGUUAGGUUUAUCAAUAGCCAGGCGUUAGGAAAGUUUACAGGAUUACGAAACAGAUGACAUGAUUGUAACUUGA